AUGGAAAAUACAGAAACUUUAAAAAAUCUUGACAGAAAGUUAUUUGAUUUGUUAAAUAAAGCUCAUAUACUGGUAGGAACGUCAAACGAAGAAAACCGAGCUGACUCAAUAGAAGAAAAACUAAGUUCAAGAUUAAAACAACUUGAAGAAAAUGAAUAUGCACAUGAAACUGAUGGAACUAAAAAUAAAAAAGCCGAUGAGCCUGAAUUAUUGGGUAUAAGAGAUAUGAGCCUUGUCCAUACGAUGCUCGAGAUAGUGAUAAGUUGGGGAAUAUGUCCUUGCCUUAUUUCAGGCGUUGGUAUUCCAAUUUCACUAAGAACCCGUUCAAGACAUUUUCAGCAUGAAUUUUCAAAUAAUCCAACAAAUGAAGAAGCUGAAAAGAGAUUAUCUCCUCAAUCACGUCAUACUUAUUUAUUUAAGUUAAUGCAAUCAUUAAUAAAAAUUGCGUAUUCAUCAUCGCUAGAACAGAUGUUUACAACCGUAUCUUCAACAAUACGAGCAAGACAUCUCACGGAUAUUUAUUCUGCAUUAUUACAAUUGGCUUACGGGCCAUUACCAACAAGUGAUAAAUCAGGUGUGCAUACUGAGAAUAAAUUAGUUUUAACUGACAAAAGUGCAGUUGAGGGACAGCAUGGAGAUCUCAUAUUGAUGCGAAAAGAGUCUGUGAGUAUGUUUAGAAGGCUAUUUGAGAGAGAAGAUUCAUUCCGAUCUUUAGAAGCCUUAACAAUGCUUUUAGGAUCACCUCUUCAUCCAGCGCCUAAAUGGCUUAAAAAUGUUUGUGGCAGAUUUUUGACUCAAAUUUUGCUACGACCGAAUGGAGUAAAAAGUGUUAUGAGUUUUAUGAUUGGCGGGGGAAGUGAAGUUGGAUUAUCCCAAUUUGAGACAAUUUCGAAAUUAAUACUUUCUGUUCCUGCUAAGGCAAAAUCUCCCGAGGAUUAUUUCACUAUAAUAUGCCCACAAUUGCUAAAUAUACUGCAAUCAACCUCCACGUUGCCAUCCUUACAAACACCUAACAUCAAUAAUACAACUUUGCCUAUUGUUAAAGUGGCUGCUUUCACAAUCAUUAGAAUGGCUGACAAAUUUCCAGUCAUCACCAAAAAGUUCAUAAUUGCUAAUAUAUUUGAUAUAUUAUGGAAAUGGUGGGGACUAACUCCAGAAGAUAAUCAAUCAUUCCAACAUUAUGAUCCUUCUACAGACCUUGAUCCAUUGAUAAUGGAUGAGCAAUCUCUGCAAUUAACAAUCGCAACGAUACAUCAUAUAUUAGUUGGAAGUGAGCCUAUACCUGGUCUACUGCAAAUGUUUCUAGAAGAUUCAAUGGUUCCUUUAUAUUAUUUGUAUUCUUUCACAUGUUCUUCUAAAUCUUUUCUGAAGAAUAUUGUGUCAGAUAUUUUACUGGCUUAUUUUGGAAUCUUAAACAUUAACGAGGGUGUUGAAGGUUUGAAAGAAAUUUUACUCCGGAAGACUAAAAGACGGAUAGCUCCUAACACUGGGGAUGUUGGAGAAAUUUACUUUGCUCCUGGAACAGCUGGAGGUGUGGUCAUGAGGUUAAGAAUGGUAGCACUUAAUUUUUCGAACAUUGAAACUUCGGUAGACGUUAAUAUAUUUGUUGAUUUCUUGAAACGCAUAUCAAACAAUGAAUUAGCAGGAGAUUUCUUCAUGUAUAUCCUCAAUGAAUAUACAUCAUUACAAUCUCUUCAGAUGCAUGAACAAAAUUCAAGAUAUUUUUUGACAUUGCUUCAGCUUAUUUUAUCAAUGAUUGAAAACCUUGGAUCUGUUAUUCUACAAAAACCUGGUCAAAUUAUUGCAUUUGUUAAUAAUGUAUUGGAGCGUUAUCAUCAGAAAAGUAGUCGUGUGAAACGAGAUACAAGCGGAAAUAAAAGUAUAUAUGGUGAGCUGGGUAACAUUAUAAAGGACAUGAGUGAAGGUGAAUUAAUGGAGGAUGAGAAUGAGGAUGAUGAAAUUCUAUCUCUAACCUUAACUCUCAUGACAUCAUUAUUGGCUGAACAUAAAGUUCUUUCAGCUCAAGAUUUCAGCCUAUUAGCUUUAAUAAAAAAUAACCUUUCACUACAAAACCAUCAUUCACCUUCAAUUCGCUCACUUUCACGAAAUCUACAGUUAACUAUUUCAGCACGUGAAGCGUCAUCACAAGCUUCAAAUGUAGAUAAUAGUAACGAACAAAUUCGCCGGCAAGAAGGUUACAAAAAACUUCAAGAGGCCAUGGAGGCGUUACAAGAUGAUAUAUUACCAAUUAAGGCACGUGGUCUUGUGAUACUUAAAGAAAUGGUUCUUGAAAAAAAUAUAAUUAUGGAAGGAGAAAAUUUGAAUAAAGUUUUGGACAUUUUUGUGAAUAUGGUUCAAGAUGAAGAGAGUUUUAUAUAUUUUAAUGCUGUUAAAGGGUUAUCUGCAUUAACUGAUAUUCAUGGAGAAAAAAUUAUGAAAAAGCUGACAGCAAUUUAUGUCGAUGGUUCGCAAAAUUUUGAUAACCGAUUACGUAUUGGGGAGGCUAUUUUGCAAACUAUUCAGCGAUGUGGAGAUGUACUUGGAAAAUAUGUAACGGCACUCUUGCCACCAUUGCUAUUUGUUCUAAACAAAGAUCAAAAUCAGACAUUAAAGGUAUCUGCAUUAAGUAUCAUCGGAUGUGCGUGCGAAACAUCUCCUUUGGCAUUAUCAAUUUGGUUUAGAGAUAUCAUUGAUUGGGUUUUGAAUAUUUUGGAUAUUCAAAAAGAAGUUGAAAUUCGAAGAGCAUCAAUAGUUCUAUUGUUAUCUCUUUUUCGUGGUUUAUUCUCACAUUCACAGACAAUAUUUAUAAUUCCAAAAGAUUUACUUGAAAGGAUUUGGAGAACUCUAAAGUACAUUGAAGAAACUGAUAAAGAUGAAUUGACUAAAUAUCAUGCUAGAAUUGGGAUUAAUGACCUGGAUACAAUUUUUCAUGAAAAAUUAUUUGGUAGUGUUUUACCUAAUGUGUAG